ACGAUCACUGCACGCAUUUAAAUAAUUUUGUCUAAAGAUCAAAUUUUAAUUUGUUGAAUACUAACCAGGGGUUACAUAUAUAGAUUCAACGAUAAACGUUAGACUUAAAGCGCUAUUCAUAUUCGUAUAUAUUUUGGACGUUUUCUUAUGAAUAUAUGUAAAUAAUAAUUUCCGACUGCUCUUGUUUUAUAAAGUUGUGUUUAAUGAUGUAUUCAAUCACAUCAUUUCAAAAGUGUGACGAAGACAAAUUGACAGUAUAUAUACAAUCUUACUAUUAGCCGUACGAAGCUUGUAACUAGGGAAUACGCCUUUGACCGACUGAUGGACAUUUAUGCAGUAAUCAUAACUACGAAUGUGUAUAGAAAGAUAAAUGUUUUGGAUUUUCUAUUGUGUCUUUUGAAGGUUUUUCUUAUUUUCAAGAAACUGUGACGAGUAGGUAUAGACAACACAGCAACGCAUAUGACUAUGAUUGAAUGAGGGCAAAAGAAAAUAAAAAAAAAACGUUAUAAAAAAACCUUGAACAAACAAUAUAAUUAGCCAUUAACAUUUGGAUAAAUAGUCAACAGUGAAUAUUCUCUCGAUAUAAAAAAAAUACACUUAAGAUGGCCGAGCGUUCGCGUUCACGAUCUAGGCAUGCUUUGAGGUCACCUAGAAUUAGAGCUUCACGUAAUCAAUAUUCUCCCGAGGGCAAUCGAGACAAUGUUUGUAUAGAGGAAGUAGACUACUCAUCGGAAUAUGAAGUUCAACAUCGGCCUACGCGCAAUGUCAGUUGUCAGACGAGAACAAAAUACGUGUUGAAACCGCAUCCUAAUCAAAAAAGCCAUUUGCGUAAUGAGCAUCCUAUUGGGUAUAUAACGAAAAAAGAAUCACUCGAUGAAAGGGGAUUUCAAAGACAAGAUUAUAAAGACUCCCAACAAGAAUAUGUAAUGCGACGUCCGUCAACGCGCAACGUCCGUUGUCAGAUGACAACACAUUACACAAUACAACCACAGCGUAAACAGAGAAAGAAAUUACACAAGAAAAUUCCAGUCUUUCUUCAUCCUGACACACCUUCUCCGAGAUCUCUGACUCCAUUAUCCGACAACAUUGAAGUAAUAAUUUAUUACGAUAAAGAUUUCGAAUCAUUGUACCCGAAGUCACGUAAAAACAGUCGUCAGUUCGUUCAUUAUAUAGAUUUGAGACAACCUACAGACACAUUACAGCCAAAACCAAUUGAAGUAUUUGGACUUGCUAUCAUAUCUCAGCUGAAGAAAGACGGGUAUAUAUAUGAUAAAGUCACGGAUGAUGAAGAAUUGAAUACCAGAAACAGCCCUAUGGAAAAUCCUAUAGAAAGACGGGUAUAUAUAUAUGAUAAAGUCACGGAUGAUGGAGAAAUAAAUACAAGGAACAGCUCUAUGGAAAGACAUGGACCUGCGGAGAGAUUCUGUCACGAAAGACAGCAAUUACAAAACUCCAAUUUAUCGGCAGAACAGAAAAAGAACGUUAUUUAUCAAACCAUUGUGUAUGAUUAUAGAUAAAUGACGUACAUUUAUAUGAAGUAACAUAUUAUUUUAUUGUCAAUGGUGUAAGGUUCAUACCUUUGCAUGACUAGCAUACUUAACAUGCUAUUUUCAUAUCAAUUAUGUAUUUUAUAACAAUGUUGUUUCUUUUAAACUAAGGUGUAAACUCUAAGUUGGCCAUAUAUAGUUUAGGUUGUGAUUUUUUUGUUUUUUAUCCUUCCUAAUUUUUAAUUUCGGGAGAAAUGAUUAUUGUACAAACAUGUAGGUUAAGGGAAAAUUUUCGAUUUUUUACUUAUCAUAUAAAUUAUGUUUAUUAUACCAAUAACCCCACAUUUACAGAUUUUAAAAUUUAUAUUCCCUCUAAAAAUGGUGAAUACAGUUUUCCAAGGUACGAAAUCGAUUAUUCGUAACUUUUUGUUGUUGAUAUGGUCACCGGCCUGUGACACUUUAGCCUGAUAUGAAAUACUAGGUAGUAUGUAGAAAUCAUUAGUAUAUUCAUAACUUCGACGUAGCAAACAAGUUAGAUAUGGAUCUGACAUUAUAUCAGAUCAGUUCCGGAGGUUUCCCUGUUAUGUUCAAUAUACAUAUAUUCUAAAUUGGUACGUUACUUUAUAUCUGUAUUAAGCAAAGAUCUACAAGUGCGUACAUUUUUGUGCAAUAAAUAUUAAUGUGUUUCAAAUUUUCCCUGAAUAUGAUAAAGACAUAUUAGACGAUUGGCUAGCUCAUUUAUUCAUGCUGACAUAUUUACAACUGUUAAAACCCCGUCAUUUGGUAAAUGUUAGGUUCAUCAAAAGGUGUAACUUGACCAUAAGAAAUCCCAUCGGCCUGAAACGAUACAUGCAUGUUGUAUAUAUAUAUAACUUAUCCCCCACCCGCACAAACUGCUGAAUAAAAACUAGUAACAAAACCCACAAAAUAUCAUAAAUCAAAUAUUUGAAUCCAUUUGUCUAAGUUUGAAACUUACUUCAUAACAACACUAAAUAAAAAAAGUACAUGAUGUACUUGGAAAUCUUUAGUCCAAAACUUUAAAAAUGAUGGUAAAAAAAUUUUAGUAGUAUACAAUAAGAGUUUCGAAGAAAGAUUAAACCCUUUUUAUAUCUUUGUAUAACAUAGUUUGUAAUGUGACAGUGAAAACUUACAGCUCUUGAUUUUGGACUUAACAAUAAAGUAUCAAUUAAUGAUAAAACAUUAAAUGUCGAAGUGUUAUAAAGAUUUUUGACGAAUCUUCAUAUAUUUCGGAUGUAAACAAUUACUCACACCUUAUUUUGAAAAUGAUUAAAUCCUGAUACACUACUUUCCGAAUACAUCGAAAUCAUUUUCAAAUCUUAAAAAUGUCUCUGUCUUUAAUGUUCCAGAAUAAAGUUUGUGGUUGGUUACCUAUUUGAUAUUCAUUUGUGGUUAUAUGAAACAUUGUUUGACUCUAAAGUUCAUCAACUGGUUUAUUUUAAAUUCAUUUUUUAGCAUCAUCUUACAUGUCUUAAUACAUUUUUUUAAUCUACCAGCCUGUAUUGACAUCUUACUAAUAAUUUUCACACAUAUUCAUAAAUAUUUUAUUUACAAUGUACUGUGGAUUCAUUUAGUUUUGUGGGUAUCAAUUUUCGUGGAUUAAGGAAAACUUGCAUAUUCGUGAAUAUUUUAGGUCGUGGUUUUGCCGAAGUCUGCACACAAGUCUAUUAAAACAUUGUUAUUCGUUGAACAUUUAAUUUCGUGGUUCACCUGUACCCACGAAAUCCACGAUAGCAUAAUGUAGAUACGCUUGUCUUUAAAGACGACACGAGAUAACAUCAUUGAUUACAAUGAAAUCGAUUACUCUGAUCUUCCAGGUAGGUGCUUUUCAUUGAUUUUGAUUCAAAAUAUGCAUCCGUACAACAAUGUCCAAUUGUACAUUAAAGCAAUUAACUACUAUCUAUUAAUUAUGUAAUAGCCUUACUGUAAUUCUGAUUAAUUCGAUUACAAUGCCAUUUUGUAUUGGAUUAAACAAAAAUGUACCAAUACUUAUUAUAUGCUGGUAUUCUGAAUAAAGCUUAAUUACUUUU